AUGGGGAAUUAUGGGAAACCACGGGGGCCACAGGCAGCCACGGGAAUCACAGGGAACCACGGGGGCCACAGGCAGCCACGGGAAUCACAGGGAACCACGGGGGCCACAGGCAGCCACGGGAAUCACAGGGAACCACGGGGGCCACAGGCAGCCACGGGAAUCACAGGGAACCACGGGGGCCACAGGCAGCCACGGGAAUCACAGGGAACCACGGGGGCCACAGGCAGCCACGGGAAUCACAGGAACCACGGGGGCCACAGGCAGCCACGGGAAUCACAGGGAACCAGGGGGGCCACAGGCAGCCACGGGAAUCACAGGAACCACGGGGGCCACAGGCAGCCACGGGAAUCACAGGAACCACGGGGGCCACAGGCAGCCACGGGAAUCACAGGAACCACGGGGGCCACAGGCAGCCACGGGAAUCACAGGAACCACGGGGGCCACAGGCAGCCACGGGAAUCACAGGAACCACGGGGGCCACAGGCAGCCACGGGAAUCACAGGAACCACGGGGGCCACAGGCAGCCACGGGAAUCACAGGAACCACGGGGGCCACAGGCAGCCAUGGGAAUCACAGGGAACCACGGGGGCCACAGGCAGCCAUGGGAAUCACAGGAACCACGGGGGCCACAGGCAGCCAUGGGAAUCACAGGGAACCUCAGGCAGCCACGGGAAUCACAGGGAACCACGGGGGCCACAGGCAGCCAUGGGAAUCACAGGAACCACGGGGGCCACAGGCAGCCACGGGAAUCACAGGGAACCUCAGGCAGCCACGGGAAUCACAGGGAACCACGGGGGCCACAGGCAGCCACGGGAAUCACAGGAACCACGGGGGCCACAGGCAGCCACGGGAAUCACAGGGAACCACGGGGGCCACAGGCAGCCACGGGAAUCACAGGAACCACGGGGCCCACAGGCAUCCACGGGAAUCACAGGAACCACGGGGGCCACAGGCAGCCACGGGAAUCACAGGAACCACGGGGGCCACAGGCAGCCACGGGAAUCACAGGAACCACGGGAGCCACAGGCAGCCACGGGAAUCACAGGAACCAUGGGGGCCACAGGCAGCCACGGGAAUCACAGGAACCACGGGGGCCACAGGCAGCCACGGGAAUCACAGGGAACCUCAGGCAGCCACGGGAAUCACAGGGAACCACGGGGGCCACAGGCAGCCACGGGAAUCACAGGAACCACGGGGGCCACAGGCAGCCACGGGAAUCACAGGAACCACGGGAGCCACAGGCAGCCACGGGAAUCACAGGAACCAUGGGGGCCACAGGCAGCCACGGGAAUCACAGGAACCACGGGGGCCACAGGCAGCCACGGGAAUCACAGGGAACCACAGGCAGCCACGGGAAUCACAGGGAACCACGGGGGCCACAGGCAGCCACGGGAAUCACAGGAACCACGGGGGCCACAGGCAGCCACGGGAAUCACAGGAACCACGGGGGCCACAGGCAGCCACGGGAAUCACAGGAACCACGGGGGCCACAGGCAGCCACGGGAAUCACAGGAACCACGGGGGCCACAGGCAGCCACGGGAAUCACAGGAACCACGGGGGCCACAGGCAGCCACGGGAAUCACAGGAACCACGGGGGCCACAGGCAGCCACGGGAAUCACAGGGAACCACGGGGGCCACAGGCAGCCACGGGAAUCACAGGGAACCACGGGGGCCACAGGCAGCCACGGGAAUCACAGGAACCACGGGGGCUACAGGCAGCCACGGGAAUCACAGGAACCACGGGGGCCACAGGCAGCCACGGGAAUCACAGGAACCACGGGAGCCACAGGCAGCCCCGGGAAUCACAGGAACCACGGGGGCCACAGGCAGCCACGGGAAUCACAGGAACCACGGGGGCCACAGGCAGCCACGGGAAUCACAGGGAACCACGGGGGCCACAGGCAGCCACGGGAAUCACAGGGAACCACGGGGGCCACAGGCAGCCACGGGAAUCACAGGGAACCACGGGGGCCACAGGCAGCCACGGGAAUCACAGGAACCACGGGGGCCACAGGCAGCCACGGGAAUCACAGGAACCACGGGGGGCACAGGCAGCCAUCAGGAGCCUUGA